AACUCGUAACAUGCGGGUGCGCACCACCGAAAAGGGGAAAAACUAAUAAAAUUAUUGCGAAAACUCUGAGAACCGCGCAAGAUCACUAACAAUUCCCACACAGAAUUUUCACUUGAAUUUUCAAAAUGCCUCGACUUUUUCAGUUGACGUGUGCUCUUUUUUUAAUUUCAAUAACUUUCACCACCGCUGUAACUUUCAUUGGAGAUGAUCCCGUUGUGGAGCUCUCCUUGGGCAAAAUCCAAGGAGAUAGGAUGCAGAGCUUCAGGAACAGGACCUUCUACGCAUUCCGAGGCAUACGAUAUGCGCAAGCGCCGGUGGGUCAGCUUAGGUUCGCCAAUCCACUGCCGGAAACUAGCUGGGGUGACGAGGUGCUCCAGGCCACAGCCGAUUCCCUGGUUUGUCCGCAACCAGGAGUGGUUUCGUAUAUGUCUGAAGAUUGCCUGAAGAUAAACGUUUUCACGAAGAACUUCGAGGAGAAAUUACCAGUGAUGGUGUACAUUCAUGGCGGAGCCAAUAUCCUGGGCAGUGGACACAGCAGCUAUGAAGCAGGACCUCAAUAUCUGCUGGAUCAGGACGUGGUUUUCGUUGCCUUCAACUAUCGCCUUGGAGCUCUGGGAUUUCUGAGCACAAAUAGCAGUGAGACGAAGGGCAACUUCGGUUACCUCGACCAGGUGAUGGCCCUGGAAUGGGUGAGGGAUCACAUAUCCCACUUCGGUGGUAAUCCAGAAAUGGUGACUAUAUUCGGAAUGAGCGCUGGCUCGAUGGCAGUCAGUCUGCACUUGGCCUCGCCCCUCUCCGCUGGUCUCUUCCAUCGGGCAAUCCUCAUGAGCGGCUCGGCCACCAAUCACUUUGAUAUAGAUAACCUCUACUGGACACGUAAACUGGCUCGUGAGCUGGGCUGUCCCAUGUACGAUCCCACGGAUGUGGUGGAGUGCCUGCGAAAUGAGAGUUGGGCACGCAUUGUGGAGGUGUGCAAGGCAUGGGAAAGCUAUCAGCUUAUUACAAUGAAGUGGAACUACGAGAUCGAUGGACACUUUCUGCCCAGCCAUCCUACGGAACUUAUCGCCGAGGGAAACUUCAACAAGGUGCCCUUGCUAAUCAGCUACACGGCCAAUGAAUUCGACUACAAUGCUUAUGUGCAUUUGGGAAACCAGCACUUGCUACACGACAUGGGCUCAAACUUUGUGGACUACGCACCGGAGUUGUUUCUCUAUCGCCAGGAUGCAAACAUUGGAGAACAACUGAAGGAUUUCUAUCUGGGUGGCAAUACUACAGAAAUCAAUGCGAAAAACAUUGAGGACUUCGGACGCAUCUUCUCUGAUGCAUACAUUGGACAUGGUGUCCAUCGCCUUGUCCAACUGGCCAGAGCCUUUACCCCAGUCUAUUAUACGCGUAUGGAUUACGUGGGCGAUCGAAGUCUCACGGCUCCGCUGAAUGGCGACAAUAAGCCCGUGGGCGUGGCUCACGCGGAUGAUCUGCAGUAUGUGAUGCCGGGGUAUUGGUAUGGCACCGUGAUGACCGAAAACGAUACGGAUGUUUUUAUGAUGGAGCGCAUGACCAGCUGGUUUAGCCACUUUGCCAAAACGGGGACACCCCUAAACAGCACGGAUACGUGGCCACCCUGCAACUUGACGCACUUGAAGAUGCUCUACAACGGGGUGGAGACCCAGGUGGGUGCGCCCGGCUACUCGGAUCGAUACCUCGUCUGGGACGAACUGUUUCCCACGGCCGCCCGGAGCGGAGGCGCUGCCGGGAAACUCAGCUUGGUUGUAGCCAUCGCCACUGGUGUGGCCUGCCGGCUCAUCGGGAAAUUAAUGUAGCAAUUAGGUGUGGAAAAAGCUUAUCAAUAGGCCGUUUAGAUUACGCUAAUGACCUUUGACCGUUCGACGUUCUUGGCUGGAGCAUUGCAGCUAUUUACUUUGAUUAAUUAAUCAGGAGAGGCGUGAGAUUUUCCCUGUUUCCACUACGAGUGCUCAGCUUUUCCUUUGGGGGCAAUUAGUCUUUGGCCUACAGCGGAUUGGCGCAGCUUAAAUACACAUUAAUUUGUCUUUAAA